CUGAGAAUCAGUCACCAACUGGCCACCUGUGGGUCAUGUGCUCGCGAUGCAGCGGACGCCACUGAUUUAUUAGUAUUCCUACAACGUCGUACACAAGCGAAUAAAAGUGCGGAAGGCAAACAUGAGCUCGCGCCCAUGCAGGAACAGGUGUAUUGGUAAAACUGAUGAUUUAAGAGUUUAAGUGUUAUUUCUGUAUCGUCAUUGGGAAAGAGAGCAUCUUCCUCGGUCUUUGGGGAUGCGGGUUUGGAUCGCAACAGAUUGUGGUGCAUUUCGGAGCGUAUGUAUUUGACAAUAACAUCAAGACUGUAAGGAUGCUGGCAUAGAUUGUUUUCAUCAUAACAAUGUAUCUGGACAUUAUGGUCAGUGUUUGAGUGUCUGAGUCUAAUGCAUAUUAUUUAUAGUCGUCUAAUUGUUGGAGAGAUGUCAAGUUCACGUUACCUUUCCUUGGAAAUUGGUGUCACUCAUCUGGAUUGACUCAUUUAAGGAAGAUAUGAUUUCUCUCCUCACUUUUGGGAGCCUGCUUUUGACUUUGUUUGGAUGUCACAUCUGCUUUGCAGGGGCAAACCGACCGGCUGCUCCUGUCAAUGUCUCUGUUACUCACCUGCGCGCCGAUUCCGCCACUGUGUCCUGGAAUAUUCCGGAGGGAGAGACUGUAAUUGGCUUUGCCAUCUCACAGCAGCGUCAGGACGGACUGAUGCAGCGUUUCAUUCGUGAGGUGAACACAACUAGUCGAGCUUGUGUACUUUGGGAUCUCGAUGAAGACAUGGAUUAUAUCAUUCAAGUCCAGUCGGUUGGACUUAAUGGAGAGAGUCUAGCCAGCAAAAAGAUUCACUUCAGAACGCUUAAGAAAUCUGAACAUUUUCAGUCCACCAUGAUGGAUCAAGAAGACCCAGCAGUUGAGGGUUUAAACAUAUCCAGACAUCUACAGACCGAAGAGAUACUGAUCAUUAUGACUGUACUACUAAUGUGGGCAGCUGUGAUUGCACUUUUCUGUAAGCAGUACGAUAUCAUCAAAGAUAACGACUCCAACAACCACAGUAAAGAGAAAACCAAACCUCUGUCUGAGCAGAGUACACCAGAGUACCAUAAUGGAGGCCUGUUGGGCAGCAAGUUCCAAAAGACAUCAUCUCAUGUUAGCAUCAUCAAGGUUUAACCAAGAUAUCAUCAACAGAUCUGUCAACGGAUAUCAACUCAUUAUUUGAUGUUCAUGACAAGCGUCAAAGGCAAUAGUAACUUGGACUUCCUCUCGAAUUGGGAAUCAUAAAGAAGUAUACGGGUAUUCCGUGGAAUAUUCCAAUAAAGCACACUGAACAUACGGUAUCUCUUCUUCAAUGACAAGGAACUUUAUGGCCAGUCACAAGAGGAGAUUUCAGUGGUAUGAAUGUUGUGGAGUUCAAACAUUGGCAGCAAGAUAUCACAGUGGAGAUCUGUGCUAAUGGUUUUGUUACCAUGAAAAAUGAUUAUGCAUUAAAACAAUUAUAUAUGUGACAUUUCUCAUUAAUUAUUGUAAACUAUGACAACAAAUUAAUCAGUAGCCACAGGAGCGGCUUUAUAUUAUGCAUUAUUCAUUUCUCGCUGCAAUGAACUGUACAGGAAUUGCUUGUGUUUUAUUUAAAUGUAUUAAUGCUGUGUUACUAAAUUGUUCCCUUUUAGAGAUUAUUGACUGUUAUAUAAGUAUUAGUAUGAUAAACUUGUAAAGUUUUUGAAAGUUAAUUGAAUCAUAUGUCUACACUGAUAUUGUAGUGUGCAUAGUAAAAAUAAUAACUUAAUUUUUACUUUGUUUGCUAAUUCAGUAAUAUAGUAAAUAUGCUUCACACAGUUGUAGUUGAGGCAAUAGGUAAUUAAUGUAGUUUAAAAACUGUUUUUUAAUGUGGAGUUUAGAAGCAGUUUAACCCUUAAACGCAUACCUCUGGUCUUUAGAGACCCGGGACCUCAUUCCACACCCUGUACCUCACCCAUUUUUUGAAGUUAUGCCCACACCUCUUUAGUAUUCCUCAAUCUAUCUCUUAUAAAUAGUGUAACACAAAAAAUGCCAAAAUUGCACAAAUAAAUAAACAUUUUUUUUUAAUAAUGG